AACAUGCAACCACCUCACUAUUCAAUUCACCUCAUGCUGUCUCCUUCCUGCACACAACAUACAGAGGCAUGCCUUUCCUUCCUACCCUGAAGAAUUCAUCCUCUCAAUUGCGCCUCAGCAAUCCUUCCCAGUUCAUCUUCUCGGUUCCUCUUCGUUACGCCGCAUCUACCUGCACAUCCAGACCUAGAUUCAGAUACAACAGAGAUGCCCGCGCACAACUCUUCUCAAGUUCAUCUUCUUACCGGUUAGCUUCAAACCGAGAGCCUACAUACUAUGAAAUCCUCGAUGUCCCUAUAACAGCCACACCCGCCGAAAUAAAGAAAAAAUUCUACUCCCUCUCCCUCCGCCACCACCCCGACCGAAACCGCAAAGACCCUACCGCGUCUGCCCGUUUCGCCAAAUUCUCCUCAGCCUACCACGUCCUCUCCAAUACCGCGAAACGCGCCGCAUACGACCACGACAACAACAUCCACUCCGCUCCAUCCCACUCAUCAACACACAGCAGCGCACAAGCAGGCCAACAUCCCAUGGGCAGUUAUAGCAGCCACAGCAGCCACAAAGGAGCAUCGUACUUCGGGUCUCGACCCGCAAGUGGGCUUUCGAAGCGUCGCGGGCCGUUUCGUGGUCCGCCGCCGAGUUUCUAUGCGCAUGGUGGGUAUGGAGGGUCUGGGAGGAAUGCGCCGAAUCCUUCCGCCUCCGGUGCUGGUGCUGGUGCUGGUGCUGGUGCUGCAGGCAGCUCCGGUUCUAGUCCUGGCUCUGGGGCGGCGAAUCAUGCAGACGAUGACCCGACUUCGUUUAUAGAUCGGAACCCAGUUUCGCAUUUCAAUGCGCGAGGGCACUACCGGACGCAGACAGCGGAGGAUCAGCGUCGGCGGGAGCGGCGGGCCCGGGAAAUGGGGGCUUCCAUUAAUGAUCAGUAUCUUGGGAAGCGGGGGGACUUUGCUAUGCGCUUUCUUCUUGUUUGUGGGAUUUUGGUCGGCGCGGGGGCGAUAUCGGGGCUCUUCCGGUGGCCGAAUAAUGCUGCGGCUCUGGGUGAUCGGACUGGCAAGACGCCUAAAUCUACACGAGGGAAGGACGGGUAAGCAUGGUUCGCUCCCUCGUCCAAAUGCUCCUUUAUAUAUAUGUAUAUACCUCUGAAUAGAUCGGGAUAUCCCAUUCGAUUGAUUGACGGGAGACUUGGUGCUCGAGUGUGUGUUAGCGUGUAGGAAGAGUGUGAAACAAAGGAAAUUUAGUCUUAUUG